AUGGUCGCCACACUUAAGCUUGUAAGCCUCAUGGCUAUCCUCCCCUCCGCUCUCGCAUGCCUAGGUUACUCCGGAGGAAUUCCCAGAGCAACUUCGACAAAGACUAACAGCAAAGUCAUCGAAAUUGCUGCUGGAACCACCUUUGACGGUGGCUGGGCAAGAUACGAUCGUGGAUCCGGUGCUUGCGGUGGACAAACUGAAGGAGGCGACUCUGACGCCGUAUUUCUCCUCCACCCCGGAGCAACUCUCCAAAACGUCAUCAUCGGCAAAAACCAAGCUGAAGGCGUUCACUGUGCUGGAGCUUGCACUCUCAAAUUCGUCUGGUUCGAAGACGUAUGCGAGGAUGCCAUUUCCAUCAAGAAGGACAAGGCAGGUGAUCAAUCAUGGAUUAUAGGAGGCGGAGCAUAUCAUGCCUCUGAUAAAGUCGUGCAACACAACGGAUGUGGAACUGUCAACAUCAUCAACUUCUACGUUGAGGAUUAUGGAAAGUUGUACCGAAGUUGCGGAAACUGCUCAUCCCAAUGCAAGCGCAAUGUCUACAUUGAAGGCACGACUGCUGUCAACGGUGGUAUUCUUGCUGGUAUCAACUCUAACUACGGAGACACGGCCACGUUGAAGAAUGUCUGUUAUGAUACUGCCCACGCAUGCCAGAUGUUCACUGGAAACAACAAAGGCGAUGAGCCCACUAAGGCCGGAUACUGCAGUGGAUAA